AUGGGUUCAGAAGCAGCAUUUCAGCUUCCAGUAGUUGAUUUCUCAGAACUAAACACACAAUAUCCAGAUAAUAUUAUCUGGGAAUCUGCAAAAACCAAAGCCUUAGAAGCACUUCAAGAAUACGGUUGCUUUGAAGCGACUUUUGAUGAAAUCUCACCCACCCUUCAAAACACUGUAUUUGAUGAGCUUGGUCAUCUUUUUGAUCUCCCAUUAGAGACCAAGCAAAAGAACACUUCUGAUCGUGAGUUUCAUGGGUAUAUUGGUCAAAUCCCGUUCAUGCCACUCUAUGAAAGCAUGGGAAUUGAUGCACCUUACGUCCCAGAAAAAGUUGAUAAGUUCACCAACCUCAUGUGGCCUCAAGGAAACCCUAAGUUUUCAAAUAGCAUCCAAACAUACUCGAAGAAGUUGUGGGAAUUGGAUGGAAUGGUGAAGAAGAUGGUGUUUGAAGGGUUGAAUUUGAGGAAAUAUCUGGAAGAACACCUGGAAGCAACGAAUUAUCACCUGAAAGUUAUGAAAUAUCGAGUUGCAGAAGCAAGUGAGUCGACUAUGGGAUUAGAUUCUCAUGCUGAUACAAGCAUACUCACCAUUUUACACCAAAAUGGAGUUCAAGGCUUAGACAUUCGAACUAAAGAUGGAGACUGGAUUACGGUAACUGUUUCACCAAAUUCUUUUGUGGUCAUGGUCGGUGAAAGCUUCAAUGUUUUGUCAAAUGGGAGAUUGCAUGCACCAUUUCAUAGGGUGGUGAUGAAUGCGAACAAGACUAGGCUUUCGGUUGGUUUAUUUUCAAUGCCGAAAAUCGGGACGAUUGUGAAACCACCAAAAGAGAUGGUGGAUGAAGAACAUCCGUUGCUAUUUAAGCCUUUUGAUUAUGGGGAGUUCAUGGACUACUUCUGUAUGGCUGGUGUCAAGAAGGACACUUAUGGCCUCAAGACUUAUUGUGGUUUAUCACUCUGAAAAAUACCAAACCUUGAGGCGGAACAAGAUUAAAUAAAUGAUCAACUGCCAUGAUCAUAAUGCUUUUAUUAAUACAUGUUAGUAUGUGUAUACAUAUAUAUGUUGAAAUCAAUAACAGAACCUCUUAAUAUUUGUCAUUAAAGCGCA